CUGCGACUCGACUGGAUCGUAAUUGAUCUUGUACUUCCAUUGAUGGAAUUCAAGCUUAUACACUUCGCUUCAUACUUCUCAUCUCACCCCCGAAUACUUAUAUAUCCAUAACGGCGCCCUCUUCAUAACCGGUCAUCGUCAUGGCGCUUCCGGCCAAGUCUACGUCUAUUCUACGACGAGCACUCCUCUACGGUUGAUCUUCUUGUUGUUGUCCCUAUACACAACACCAGUUCUAAACUAAUUACUCCUGCAGUUCCGUCCUCGUCGGGGAAAAUGCUCAAUAAGUCCAUGGGCUUCAUCUCCGACAACGUAACAUAUGACUUGGAAGACUCCGUGACCUUGGCGCGUAAACCAGAUGCUCGACAUCAGCUGCGAUCGUUCCUCUCGGCUCAGAAGACGCGUCCGGCCUCAGUCGCAGAGGUGGCUGUCCGGAUCAACGGAGUUCGGACUCCAUUUGCUCUAGAUGACCUCACCAACCUGGCAUCACUGCCGAAUGUCGACGCUGUCGUGGUCCCCAAGGUCGAUUCUAGCGCCGACCUGACCUUUGUGACUGACGUGCUGCGCCAUGUGGCCCCAGAGAGGCACGCGGAGGACUCUAAGAACCCUAUCAAGAUAAUUGCGCUCGUCGAGUCCGCCAAAGCGGUCAUGGACCUCCGGGAGAUUUGUAACGCCACCCCGUAUCUCAGUGGGCUGAUCUUCGCUGCCGAGGAUUUCGCCAAAGAUCUCUCUCUGACACGAACCCCGUCGCUCACGGAAUUCCUCUAUGCACGGUCCGCCAUUGUGACGGCUGCAAGGGCGGCAGGUCUGCCCAGCGCCAUCGACCUUGUCUGCACCUCUUUCAGGGGCGAUGCUGGGCUAGCGAGGCUUCGCGAGGAGUGCGAAGGGGGCAAGGCCAUGGGGUUUAACGGGAAACAGUGCAUCCACCCUAGCCAGGUCGACCUUGUUCAGAAGCUAUUCGCCCCAGACGAGGCCGAGGUCGAGUGGGCGGUGCGUAUCCUAGUCGCCGAUGCGAAAGCUACCUCUUCUGGUCGCGGUGCUUGGACACUUGAUGGCAUGAUGAUAGAUGCCCCGGUCGUGGGGAGGGCUAAAUCUAUCCUCGAUAAGGCGGAAAGGUGCCAGAUUGAUGUCGGUCGUCUCCGAGAAAGAUGGAGGAAUCAAGAGCCCGAGUAAAGACAAUACCUACUAGUUUAUAUGAGGGAAUUUGCUCCCCAGAACGUCGCCAUGC